CCAAAGGUCCAAGAACUCUUACAUGAAUUUGGUGAUAUAUUUCCCAAAGAGAUACCCCCUGGGCUACCUCCUUUAAGGGGAAUAGAACACCAAAUAGAUUUAGUCCCAGGAGCAAGCCUUCCUAAUAGGCCAGCCUAUAGGACUAACCCUCAGGAGACUAAGGAGAUAGAGUCUCAGGUUAAAGAAUUGUUGGAGAAGGGCUGGGUCCAAGAGAGCUUAAGCCCAUGUGCUGUGCCAGUGUUGUUGGUGCCCAAAAAGGAUGGUACGUGGAGAAUGUGUACAGAUUGCAGGGCCAUCAACAACAUCACUGUAAAGUAUAGGCACCCCAUUCCUAGACUUGAUGAUUUGCUUGAUGAGUUGCAUGGUGCCAAUAUCUUUUCAAAAAUUGAUCUUAAAAGUGGUUAUCACCAAAUCAGGAUGAAAAAGGGUGAUGAGUGGAAAACUGCUUUCAAGACCAAGUUUGGUUUGUAUGAAUGGCUAGUGAUGCCUUUUGGGCUCACUAAUGCACCAAGCACCUCUAUGAGGCUUAUGCAUCAUGUCUUAGGGGAUUUCAUAGGUUUUGUAGUUGGUAGAAAUGGGGUCCAAGUGGACCCUGAGAAAAUCAAGGCCAUCCAAGAAUGGCCCACCCCAAAAAGUUACAUUAGAGGGCAAAGCAAGUUAAACAAGAGGCAUGCAAAAUGGGUAGAGUACCUAGAGCAAUUUCCAUAUGUUAUCAAAUACAAAAAGGGAAAAACAAAUGUGGUAGCUAAUGCCCUCUCUAGGAGACACACAUUGUUUUGCUCCCUAGGAGCUCAAAUUUUAGGAUUUGAUAAUAUUAGGGACUUGUAUGCUUUAGAUGAACAUUUCUCUCCCAUUUAUGAGAGUUGUGGGAAAAAGGCCCAAGAUGGAUUCUAUUUGGCUGAGGGGUAUUUGUUCAAAGAGGGAAAGCUUUGCAUACCCCAAGGAUCCAUUAGGAAAUUACUUGUGAAAGAGAGCCAUGAGGGUGGGCUCAUGGGCCACUUUGGGAUAGACAAGACCCUUGUUCCCUUGCGCUGCACUUUAGUUCUCAUGCACUCCAACAUCGAUGACACUCAUAGAGUCGCGAUCAUGAUUGAGUCUUUCAGUCACGCAAGUGCAGCUUUGAGAGUGGAACGGUCAACAGAAGCUGUAGAACUGCGGUGGCGCAAUUUGACCACUCCGGCUGCCGUUAUCUGCAAUUUUGGAAGUGAAAAGUGCUGCUACCGCCGUGAUGGCCAGGUACGACGCUAUGACCCUUGGAGGAGCGGCAGGGUGCCUCGAUGCCGUGCUGCUAUUGCACACUAUUAA